CGUCUCUAUUAUAUAGCCCCUCCUCCUAUACCCCCCCGAGACUGCGUGCGACUUUCUGGCUUGAGGACUUUUUCUCUCUCUUUUCGCUUCUCUUUGUCAGAUGCGUGCUGAGAGCGAGAGUUCAGCCUGAUUCAUCUUUGCUAGACAUAUUCCAUGUGUUGAGAGAGAGUGUGAUCUAGCUCCCGACGUUCGUUAUCCCUCAACAACAAUAACAACAACAACAUGUUUAGAGUCUUGUUCCUCGUCGCGGCGGCCGCGAGCUGUGCCGUUGCGCACGACGGUCGCCCUGGCCGUCCGCGGUUCCUCACGGGCCGAUCCGGCGGCCGUGUGGUGCCACGGUCCUCGGGAAACGACAUCUUCGGACCCGCCUUGCCAAAGCUUGAGAGCCGCCAAGUCUCGACUGACAACCGGUGCGGAGUCAAAUUCGGGACGAGAUGCCCCAACGGCGACUGCUGCUCCCUCGAAGGAUGGUGCGGCAAGGGACCCGAGUAUUGCAACUCGCCCGACUGCCAGCUUGAGUUCAGCGACAGCUGCGACGGGAACAAGAAGCCGCAAGGCAAGGACACGGAGAAGGUGGAUCGGAAAAAGGUUGGCGACGUGCCAUAUGGCCAAGGCAUCUACGACUGUGGCGUGGACGGGGCCGUUGCGCUUACAUACGAUGACGGGCCGUUUACCUUUACCGAGGACUUGCUCAACCUGCUCAAGCAAUACAAGGCCAAGGCGACCUUCUUCAUCACGGGCACCAACAUCGGCAAGGGCGCCAUCAACGACCGCAGCAAGCCCUGGCCGGCGCUCAUCAAGCGCAUGUUCGACGAGGGCCACCAGGUCGCCUCGCACACGUGGUCGCACCAGAACCUCACCGACAUCAAGCAGGAGACGUUCCGGCAGCAGGUGCUGUGGAACGAGGUCGCCCUCGCCGACGUCCUCGACGGGCGGUUCCCCACGUACCUGCGGCCCCCUUACUCGUCGAGCAACGCGAAGACGGACGGCUGGCUCGCCGACCUGGGCUACCACAUCGUCUACUUCGACCUCGACACCGAGGGCUACCUGCACCCGUCGCCCUCCCAGAUCCAGACGUCCAAGGACAUCUGGGACAAGACGGUUCCCGGCAAGGACCCGGCCACCAACAAGUGGCUGGCCAUUGAGCACGACAUCAUCGAGCAGUCGGUCCACAACCUGACCGAGUACAUGCUCAAGUCGCUCGCCAGCAACGGCUUCCGCAGCGUCACCGUGGGCGAGUGCCUGCGCGACCCGGCCGAGAACUGGUACCGCCGCAUGGACGGCGCCGGCGCCAAAGCCGCCGAAGAGUCCUCGGCCGUCGUCGAGUCUACCGCCCAGCCCACACCGGGCACAGACGCGGCCACAUCUGUUGUUGCGUCCGACGCGGAGCCAGCCGCCACGACGGCGCAGCCGAGCUACAAUCCGUCGUUGGCAAAGCGCGUCAUUACGAAGACGAUUGAGGUCAUCCCCGUCCCCGCAAAGCCCAACGGAGCUCCCUCCGCGAACGGACGGUGCGGCACCAGCUUCGGCGGCGCGCGUUGAGACUACCCGCAGGCCAAGUGCUGCUCCCAGUUCGGCUGGUGCGGAUCGCUGGACUCGCACUGCAAAGCGGGCUGCCAGGCUGCCUUUGGGGAAUGUAAAUGAGAUGCUUCUCGGGCAGGUCGUGAUGCAAGCGGUGGACGAGCAAAGAAGGGCGUGUCAAUGAGGGAGGGCCACGGUCGAGGGGGGAAAUGACGACUGAUGUGGUGCAAGGCGGUACGCAUCGUUACGAAUUUAAUGUAUGACUGGGAACUACUAAGGCUUGCAGAGCUUGUUCUCGAAAUGUGGAGGAUACAUACUUAUCUACGAGUCUUUGGAAAGCCAAGCGACGCAACAUUGAGUGAUUGAC